CCAUCGCCCGCUCCUUUUCUCCACCACCUCCGACACUCUCACUCAUUCUUGCGGCCUGAUUCUCCUGAAUACCUAGACACCCUCACAGCACAUCCUAAUAACCAAACCCAAACCCCUACAGAAACAACACAAUACUGUGAACCCCCGAGAAUCACACGGACACGGGCAAUGAGGCUCAACCACCUCGCCUAACCAACGCCCUCUACCCCGACCAUACCAAAACCAAACCACCACACCCGCCCGGUACCUCACAACACCACCACCACCAGAAAAUGGCCUCCUCAACCCAACCCUUCGGCUCGCGCUCCUACGCCGCCGGCAAACUACCCGACCGCUCCCUCAACGCCGCCAACGCCCUACCCUUCAGCGCGUCCUCAUUCUCGCGCCACCGCGGCCUCGCCGGAGGCGGCGGCAGCAGCAUCCCCAACCCCAACCCCGGCGGCAUCGGCGCAGGCAUCGGGGACUUCAGCAACGACCCCAGCAGCAACAAAGCGAGCCACGCAGCCGCGCAGCACAGCCAUCUGCAAGGCGGAGGGCCCCCGGCGCCGCCGCUGCACUCGCAAGCCCACGGACAAGACACGACGAACCCGCUGAGUCGAUUAACGGAGGAACAGCGGGAGGAGAUUAAUGAAGCCUUUACCCUCUUCGACCUCGACCGCGACCGCCACCUAGACUACCACGAACUCCGCGUCGCCUUCCGCGCACUAGGCUUCUCCCUCCCGAAACAAGAACUCAUCUCCUUACUCACAACCUACGGCGUACCCCGGCCACAAGUCCAGCAACAACAAGCCCAAGCACAAUCGCAAAACCCACCCCCGCAAAACCCCCCACAACCCCUCCAGAAAUCCGCCACCAACAACCCCCAACACCCGUCCAACCUCCUCAUGCCCCUCAGCGCCUUCCAGGCCGUCACCGCCUUGAAAAUCCUGGAACGGGAUCCGCGCGACGAGAUCAUGCGGGCGUUCGAGCUGUUCGACGAAGGUGGGAAGGGGUACAUCGAUUUGGAGGAUCUGCGGCGCGUGGCGCGGGAGCUGGGCGAGACCGGGCUGGAGGAGGAGGAGCUGCGGGCGAUGAUUGAGGAGUUUGAUCUGGAGGGGGUGGGCGGUGUCACCAAGGAGGCGUUUGUGAGUAUUUGUUGGCAGUAAGCCCUCGAAUUCUUGGGUUGAGGGGAUGAUUUGAUCGAAGAAGGGGGGGGAAGUGAUAAGGUACUAAGGUUUAGGAUAUUUGAGGCGAGAGGAUGGCUGGUUGGUUGGUUGGUUUUGUGAGGCUUUUUUGCCUGUUGGGAUUAUGGGUUUGAGUUGAGGCUUUAGAGGUGGAUUUCAGCUUGUCACCACUUGGUUGUUGUUGGUGGGGGUGGAACUAUACAGCAGGAAAGGUUGGUUAUGUGGUCCUGCAGCUGAAAGGCUGAUUGACGUCUUAUUUUUUUAUUUUCUUUUUUACUAUCGUUUUGGGCAUUGGGCAGGCGCCGAUUCUAUUUUCCUCGUUUGUCGACUUAUCUUGUACUCUCAUUGCUGCUUCACUUGACUAGAUGUCUAAAAAAUAUCCAUCUUGAGCUGCAUGAAUGUGUUAAACUGAGC